CAAUUUGAGCACCAACUCGCAUUAAUGAUGCGCCAUUGGUUCAGGAAACAAGUCUCAACACGGGACAAAGCGGACUGGUCCAUUCAAAUCCGACGCUUCUGUCUCUGCUCCCCCACGCUCCUGCAAGGAAAGUAGACACUGGUCCAGAAGACACUCCUCCCCUCCUCCGUCCUCCGCUGAGACGGAGUUUUCUCUCUCUUUUAAACCAUGACCAAGCUGCCAGCCUUCCUCGGCGCAUUCUUCCUCUCUGAGCUUGUUCAUGUCAUGACACAGUGCGGCGCAGGAUCGAAGAGGUCCUCUCUAACGCUGCUGGAUCUCCAGUGCCGAGGAUUCUUCUGCAGAGCUUUGAAUUUGGUUGUAUAAAAUAUGCGAUGUUCGCAGGAGUGCACGGUUCUUUUUCUGUUGCACUUUGGUUUCAUUUUGGCAGCCGGCCACGAAGAGAUCCCUGGCAGACUCCUCUCCUUCAUUGCAGAGCAAGGUCACUUGUCCCAGUCAGAGUUGUCCCUUGUCCACCCAGUUAAAAUCAGUGCUGAUGGAGAGUUUCUGUCCCACUGUCUGUCUCACCACUUUAAAGGUGGGAGAGUCAGGCGUGACCUGCGACCUCUGUCUCCUGAGGGACAGGUUUACUACAAAGUCAACUACAAGGGUCGAACUUUAACGUUCAAUCUGACUGCAAACAGUCACCUGGUUUCAGAUGACUACAUUCUGGAGAGGAGGAAUGGCAACGCCAACAGGACCGAGCAUCACCCCUCUGAGGGGAAUUCCUGCCACCUUAUAGGAACUGUGGAAGUCUCUGAUAUAAGAGGAACGGCUGCCAUCAGUACCUGCAAAGGCCUGAGAGGUUUCUUCUCCUUGCCAGAGGGGCACUAUUUUAUUGAACCUGACCCGAAAUCUCCCAAAGAUCCUCAAGGAACCCCAGAGCCACAUGUCAUCUAUCCAAGAGCUACUCCAGACAUUCACAGAACAAAACGCAGCCUAGAAUCCGAACAUACUCCCAGCCCCUGUGGGGUCAAAGAUGCUCUAAGUGACGCUGUCCAGGUAGAGCAAGAGAGGGAGGAAUGGGAGAAGGAACAGCAGAGGGGGGAGGCUAAGGGUCAAUCCCGUUCACAGCGCUCAGUCAGCAGAGAGCGGUGGGUGGAGACCAUGGUGGUGGCUGACUCCAAACUUAUCGAAUACCAUGGCAGCGAUAACGUGGAGUCCUACAUCUUUACCAUCAUGAACAUGGUAGCUGGGAUCUUUCAUGAUGCCAGUAUUGGGAAUGCUAUCCAUGUCAUCUUGGUGCGCCUCAUUCUGCUACAAGGAGAAGAGAAAGAGUUCAAGAUUGUUCACCAUGCAGACACAACUUUGGCCAGUUUCUGUGCUUGGCAGAAAAACUUAAACCCCCAGAGUGACACACACCCAGCUCACCAUGAUCUUGCUGUGCUGAUUACCAGGAAAGACAUCUGUGCAGGAAUGAACCAUCCCUGUGAAACUCUGGGUCUGUCUCAUCUGUCUGGCAUGUGUCAACCCCACCGCAGCUGUAACAUCAAUGAGGAUACAGGACUACCUGUCGCCUUCACUGUUGCUCAUGAAAUGGGCCACAGCUUUGGGAUUCAUCAUGAUGGCCAGGGGAAUGACUGUGAGCUGAAAGGGAGGCACCCUUUCAUCAUGUCCAGACAGCUGAUGUAUGACAGCUCGCCUCUCACAUGGUCUUCCUGCUCCAAAGAUUACAUCACACGCUUCCUUGAUCGUGGUUGGGGUUUCUGUCUAGAUGAUCGACCCUCUAAGAGAGACCUAACCACCCCACUGGCUCGUCUUGGCAUCCGCUAUACCACACACCACCAGUGCCAACUCCAGUAUGGUCCAAAUGCUACAUUCUGCCCUGAGGUUGAUAACGUUUGCCAGAUUCUUUGGUGUUCGGUGAACAACUCCUGUCGCUCCAAACUUGACUCACCUAUCGAUGGUACUCGCUGUGGACCGGAGAAGUGGUGUAUCUCUGGAGAAUGUGUAAUUGUGGGUAAACUCCCUGAGACGGUGAAUGGAGGCUGGGGACCGUGGAGCACAUGGUCUUACUGCUCCAGAACCUGUGGGACUGGAGUUCAGACGGCGGAAAGAGAAUGCAAUAACCCUAAACCAGAGUUUGGGGGCAAAUACUGCACUGGGGAAAGGAAGCGGUAUCGGACCUGUAACACAAAAACUUGCCAGAAUGAUAACCCAACCUUUAGAGAGAUGCUAUGCAGUGAGUUUGACACAGUGCCUUACCACAACGAGCUCUACCAGUGGAUUCCUGUUGCUAAUCCAAUGAGUCCCUGUGAACUGCACUGUCGACCAGUUGGUGAGUAUUUUUCUGAGAAGAUGUUUGACACUGUGACCGAUGGGACACCUUGCUUCAUGAACAACAUGUCCAGAAACAUCUGUGUUAACGGAGUGUGCAAGGAGGUAGGUUGUGACUAUGGCAUUGACUCAAAUGCAGUGGAGGACCGUUGUGGAGUCUGCUUGGGUGACGGCACAAGCUGUGAGACAGUUUAUAAGUUGUUUGAUGAAGAAGAGGGCUUUGGAUACGUGGAUGUGGGUGUGAUACCCGAGGGGGUGCGAGAUAUUGUGGUAAACGAAGUGGAAGAGGCAGGUAACUUCCUGGCCUUGAGGAGUGUGGGGUCAGACGAGUACUUCCUCAACGGCAACUUUAUCAUCCAGUGGAACGGAGAGUAUGAGGCUGGUGGGACGACAUUCUACUAUGAGCGUAGUGGGAACAUGGAGAACCUCACUGCUCCUGGACCCACCAAACAGCCUGUCAUGCUCCAGCUGCUGUUUCAGGAGAAGAAUCCAGGUAUAAAGUACAAGUACACUGUCAAGAAGACCAGAGAGUCAGAAAAUGAGAUCACUGAACCGAUUUACACCUGGAGACAUGGAGCCUGGACACACUGCAGCACCACUUGUGGCCUAGGUGAGCAGCACCAGCCUGUGCGUUGCUUUGAGGUUGACAUGGGCGUAGUGGAUGAGUCUAUGUGUAACCCAGACAACCGUCCAGAGGAGAUACACCGCAAAUGCAAAAAUAUGGAAUGCCCUGCUAGGUGGUGGGUUGGUGGUUGGCAGCAGUGUACAGCCACCUGUGGAACAGACGGUUUGAGGAAGCGAACGGUUCUCUGUGUCCGCACAGUUUCAGGAGAAGAAAGAGUGCUCCACCCUGUGGAAUGCAAGCAUCUCCUUAAACCAAAACCUGUGGUGCCAUGCAACAGAGAUGUACCAUGCGGACAGGAGUGGGCUGUUGGCGACUGGGGAGAGUGCCCUGUAACAUGUGGAGGAGGUGUUCGCUCGCGCAGUGUAACAUGUGCACUGGUGCCUCAAAAGAUCUGUGACCCCUCAACUAAACCCAGGUCCAGAUCGCUGUGCGCCUUGCAGAACUGCCCCAACUCAAGUCUUUAUAGACGUCCUGGGGUAACGCCUGCAAACCGUCGUAUAUAUCCACCCAAGACCCAUCCUACUAAGCACGCUGGCUCACCCACAUGGGCUCCCAUGAGCACCACAGCCACACCGACAUCAGCCACCAAGGAAACUACAACAACUUUUAUCCCUACUACCCCAGAAACCAUAGUCCCUGAAAUUAUAGAUGCAGAUGAUAAUGAAUUCAGUGUUGUGGUAAAGAAAAAUGAAGAUGGAAGGAAAGUGUCUACUAAAAAAGACAAGAAAAUAAUUCUAGAGAAGGAAAAUGUAGAUGAAAAGGAGGAUGAAGAGGGAAGUACUUCAAAUAAAGUGAUGUACACUCCAGGAUAUGAUUAUGUUGUUGAGGACAGGACAAAAGAUGAGGAGAGUAUCAUUGACCUGGAUGUUUUUACUCCAGAAACAUUACAUGAAAGUAUUCUUUUAACAACCACACCAACACAACAAACGAAGCUACCUACUAUGCUUAUAACAAGAGUUUCUACCACAACAAGCUAUCCCACCCCUCUAACCAGUACUGAGACAUGGGCAAAAACAACUCGCCACUUAACCAACCCUCACACCACUCUACAUGUCAACCCAUUUAACCACUGGACACACCGGGUUCCUGUGACCACUCCCAGGUAUAGAGAGCGACCAGUCUUCCACAAUAAACAAGCUCCUUCUGCCUCUGCUGGAAAACUAUUAACCACAGCAGCCUCACCUCAACACAUAGUUACAGUUAUCACAACAAAAAAAUCUGCUGUGACACCCAGGACAAACAGCUCCACUUCUCGUGCUAAAAAACCCUCUUCCAAGUCCAAAGGCAGUCACCCCAAAAGCCAAAAUCAGCAAUCAAGAAGUCCUAAAAACGACUCCACCACUGACCAAAGCAACCUGAUGGCCAGAGAGAUGCUCAGCAGGGAUAUAUUCUGGGUUGUAGGAAACUGGAGUGAGUGUUCAACAACAUGUGGGAUUGGAGCUGUAUGGAGAAAAGUCAUGUGCAGUUCGCAGAAUGACGAGGACUGUGCCAACUUGAAGAGACCUGAGCCUGCACGAACAUGUCUCCUUCAGCCAUGUGCCUCCUGGCAAACUGGCAUCUGGAGCAAGUGUCCAGAUAAUUGUGCAUCAGCAAGAAGGAGGCACCGUGAUGUCCAGUGUGUUGAUUCUCAGAGUAAACGUCCCCUCAGACCUUUCCACUGUCAAGCUGUUUCUAGCAGACCUCUCAGUACCUUGGUUUGUCCCCACAAGCCCUGUGUGAGCUGGAGCGUAUCACCCUGGGGACUGUGCUCUGGUGGCUGUGGUGAAGGCAUCAGGGAGCGGCUGGUGUACUGCCCUGAGCCUAAUCGCUGCAGCACCACUUUAAGGCCGAACAGCACGGAGUUGUGCAGUUUACCUCCGUGUACUAACUGGAAGACUGAUGGCUGGAAGGAGUGCUCUGCGAGCUGUGGUGGGGGUCUGCAACAACGUGCAGUCACCUGUGUGAGUGAGCAGGAUUCGGCUGUAAUGCCAGCCAGCCUCUGUGAGACCAUUUCCAAACCAGAAACACUCAGGAAGUGCAAUAUGCAGGAAUGCAAGUCAAACCCAGUUUGCAGGAAAAACACCAUGUCGUCUCGCUUCUGUGACAAGCUAAAGCUGCUGGGUCGCUGCUCUUUCAGGUCGGUCCAAAAGCAGUGUUGUAUCGCUUGUGGGUCAUGAGCAAUACUGGAUACUUUCUGACUAAAUAAGUAACUUUAUUCUAAUGAAAUUCUGGUUUAAAGCCAUAAACAGACUGAGAAACCAAAUGCUAAUAACCAUUUCAUCAUGCAUAACUGGAACUAAUGGUUCACACUUGUUUUUUUUUUUGUUUGUUUGUUUGUUUGUUUUUUUUCAUUUAUUUAGGUCUUGGCAACUUUUUCUAUUUGAUUUGAUAGUUGUUGUUUUUUAUUUUUUUUUAAUUGAUCAAGAAAACAAGCCAGAAUACUUGUACUGGUACUAGAGAACUUCUUUUUUUUUUAACCCAUACUGAGACUUUCUCACUUUAAAAAGAAUGAAUUACUGAUAAAAAAAAAAAAAAAGAAAAGAUAAUUCAAACUGUUCUUAUUAAAAAAAUAGUUAAAUGUUAAAAUUAGAAUCAGAAAAUAAGAACAACAUUUUAACUAUAACUCAUAACUAAUAGCUCACCUGAGCCUAUGUUUAGAGGCUAAUUUAUUAUUGUUCCAGUUAAGAAUUUCUGUGCUAAAGGUGCUGUUAUAAUCAAGGUGCUAAUAAUUUACAUCCUAAAUGUCACAUUACCAGUCACAAAAAAUCUGAUUUCUCUUUCUCUCUUUUUUUUUUUUUGUCUUUUUUUGACGGGUAAAACAGAAUGUAAAUACAGAUUUUCUCUGAGCUCUGUUAAAAUUGUUAAUAACCUUAGUUUUUACAUACUUUACUUGCUUUCUUCCUUCUUUAAAUGUGUGUUGUUUUGUUUUAGAACUGGCACUGUGUAUUUACAUUAUCCUCGGUACACAUCCCUGGUUUAACCCCUUUUAACUGCUGUUGUAAACAAUAAUGAAAUCAGCUGCAGAAUUUUGCACUGCUCUGUGUUGCUUGGUGCUUCUUCUCUGGAUUGAAAAUUACCAACAAAAGAAGAGGUGUUGCAGGUCAUCCCUCUCUAUGUUCACUUUAAAGAUGAUCAUUCAUUCCACCUUCCUUACCCCAAUUUGUUCAUCCUUGAUUCUUCUUCUUAAAUCUUAGUUCCUCGCAUCAUGGUCAUAAGUAAGGACAAAGUGAAGAGACACAUCGAGAGAGGAGUCCAAUUUGCAAAUAUAUAACCAAAUAAGAUAUCCUUGCUUCUGAGCCAUCAUUUAAAUAUUAGGUAUGACACAGCUGCUGCAUCAUAUGGCCCUUGUGUUGCUUCAUUUCAUUGUGUUGCUGGUGUAUUUUAUGACUAAUCUAAACAUUUACAGUGUUUUUGAAAACCAGAUAUUUUCUUUCAGCAAAAUUUACAAUGAGGAAUUACGGGUCUCCCUCACAUUUUGACAUCACGGAUGCAGCAAAGACUUCUUCGAAAGGAUGCACACAUGCAAUCCUGCUUAUAGCUUCUCCAACAAGCUUCCUCUCUUUGUGUGUCUCUUGUUGAGGUGUAUUCAGAAUGAAUUAUCUUUAAAAAUGCUUUGCCUACAUGAAUCUCACAAGUGGAUGAAUCGAGGAAACAAGAAGAAAUUAAUUAAGACAUGAGACAAGCUCAUUGUUACUCACAGGGUACGCCAUCUUGGAUGAUUUGUUCUUUGCAUGUCUUCUUUAAUCACUGUGACAAUGACAAUGUUUAAACAAGACUUCCUUUGUAAAUGAAACAUGAAAUAAAGUUUU